CCCGUGUCUCCGGUGUGAGUGGCGCGUGUUCGCCGGUCGUGCCACCUACUGUAGUUCGCUGCCGCUCGGUAUGCUCAGCUGGCCGGUCUACAUUUGUAGAUAACUUCUGGUCGGUCUACAUAUGUAGACAACUUCUGGCGGGUACACAUCUGUCUGAGACAACUUCCAUUCCUUCAUAUCUUCACAGCGUGGUGAUAGCACAAGAUGCACGACUCCGCCCUGGAAUCGUACGUGUUGGUACAUGUGCUCCUCUAAUGAACUCUGUGACUGGUAGCUGGAUCGUGGCAUUCUGCACCUUCGGUUUUGCUUUCUCGUACGGAGUGUUCCAAGACUACUAUGUCAACGAGAAGACUUCCUCUUCAUCGAACAUCAGCUGUAUCGGGUCGCUACAGAUAUUCUUCUUGUUUUCUAUGGGCUUGCUGUCGGGCAAGCUAUUCGACCAAGGGUACUUUCAUCACAUCAUGAUUUCUGGUAGCCUCCUCUACGUCUUCUCUCUAAUGAUGCUGUCCAUUGCGAAUCCGACUCGCUACUACGAACUCCUACUCGCUCAGGGUAUCAGCGGUGGGCUUGGCACUGGUUUACUUGUUGUUCCGGCGCUGUCUGUACAAUCGCAUCAUUGGCGAAGAAGACGGGCUCUUGCCAUGGGCAUCGUUCUGAUGGGGUCGUCGAUCGGUGGUGCGGUAUAUCCCAUCAUGCUGAACCAGCUGUUCAACCACGGAGUCGGAUUCGCCUGGGGCGUUCGUGCAGCGGCCUUCAUGACCCUUGGAAUGCUUAUCAUCGCGAAUGUGACCUUGUCAACAUGCUCCAGAUCGUAAUGCUGGUGGGAACGGCGACGCUUUUCGUGGCUCGUGCCUUGUUUACGAAGAGCAAGGGGCCGCAGAAUCCGUGAAGGACCUACUGGCGCGAAUUAUUUAUGACAUGGAAAUGGCUGUUAUUCAGACUCGUAUCACGCUUUUGGAGAGUGCAUAUGCAUUUGCUGUCGUCUCACAGUGCCAAUGCUAUACUGCUCUAGAUCUGGGACUGCAUGAAGAUUGAGACGAGCCACCAAUGAUCCAGGAAUGCGUUCAAUAACCAGCACACCGAAUCUUGAGGUAGGAUAUCUAGUGAGCGACGCUGGUGACAUCGUGACGACGUACAAAAAGCUUCGCGCUCAAAGUUACUGCGAAGCGCGGACGCCCUCAGGCCCCAGUGGUCGCCAUGAUAGGGAGUAUUACCCAAAUGAUAAUGGAUUGUGC